AUGGCUACCGUCAAUAUUCGCCGGGAUGUUACCGAUCCCUUCUACCGCUACAAGAUGGAGAAGAUUCAAUCCAAGAUCGAAGGCAAGGGCAACGGUAUCAAAACCGUCGUUGUCAACCUUCCGUCGGUUGCCCACUCGCUCAGCCGUCCCCCUUCGUACGUGAUCAAGUACUUCGGUUUCGAGCUGGGUGCUCAGGCCAACGCCAAGCCUUCUGACGACCGUUGGAUCAUCAACGGUGCUCACGACGCGUCCAAGCUCCAGGACUACCUUGAUGGCUUCAUCUCCAAGUUUGUUCUCUGCAAGAAGUGCAAGAACCCGGAGACUGAUGUCAUUAUCAAGGAUGAAAAGAUCACUCUGGACUGCAAGGCUUGCGGCCAGCGCACUGACGUUGAUCCUCGCCUGAAGCUUAGCACCUUCAUUGUUCGCAACAAUCCCAAGGGUGGCAAGAAAGAGAAAAAGGACAAGAAGGCCCGCCGUGAGCAGAAGCGGGAGAAAUCCGCUGCCAACGGCGAUCAGGACGCUAGCCCCGGCGACAGUAACAACUCUGAGAAUGGUUCCUCCAACGGUGACGCUGAGGAUGCUGGUAGCGAUGAUGAACUCACCCGUCGCAUCAAGGCCGAGGCUGAGACCAUUGAGGUUGAAAAAGAGAUCAAGGACGACGACUGGGCUUUUGACGUCUCCGAGGAAGCUGUCAAGGCUCGUGCCAAGGAUCUGCCCUCUGAUCUGAAGCGCUCCCUCGUGCUUGAAGAUGAUGACGAGGAGGCUGAUGGACCCUCUUCGUACGAGCAGCUUGGUAGCUGGAUCGUCGAAACCGCCGAGGAGAAGGGUGGUGUCACCAAGGUCAGCGACAUUGACAUCUACAAGAAGGCCAAGGACUUCGGCAUUGAGACCAAGCACAAGACCGUGGCCGUGCUCGCCCAGAGCAUCUUUGACGACAACAUCGCCAAGCAGGUUGAGGAUCGCGCUGCCCUCUUGGCCAAGAUGAUCACCUCUGAGCGCCACGAGAAGGCCUUCCUUGGUGGUACUGAGCGGUUUGUCGGUCAGGAUCGUCCUGCUCUGAUUUCCCAGGUGCCCGCCAUCCUGCUGGCUUACUACCAGAACGACCUGGUUUCCGAGGAAACUCUAAAGGCUUGGGGCGCUAAGGCUAGCAAGAAGUACGUCGAUAUCUCUACCAGCAAGAAGAUUCGGAAGGCGGCCCAGCCCUUCUUGGAGUGGCUCGAGACUGCUGAGAGUGAUGACGAGGAUGAGGAAAGUGAUGAGGAGUAG